AUGGCUACUUCUCCUUUGAACCCAAAAACUCAUUAUCAUGUGCGCUCUAUCAGUCUGCCUUCCAGACCUUACCCGCUUAACCUUCAUUUUGAGGAGCAUUUGUGCAGAUUGAGAGCCUGUGAAGGCACUUCUUCAACAACACCAUCAGUAUGUGAAAAGAUAGGUGUUCUCACAGAUUUGUUCGACCGCGUCCAUGAUUUGCUUCUAUUGCCACGCAUCCAACAAAAAACUUCAGCCCAAGAGUGCCACACACAGUUUGUUGAUAAUGUACUGGAUGGAUCUCUUAGGCUCUUGGAUGUGUGUGGUACUACCAAGGAUGCCUUGGUGCAGACAAAGGAAAGCACACAAGAACUUCAGUCUAUUCUACGGAGAAGACGGGGCAGUGAACUUGGGCUGGCAAAUGAGAUUGGAGAGCACUUGGCCUCUGGGAAGAAGGUAAAGAAGGCCAUUCUGAUGUCCCUGAGGAAAUUAAAGGGUGUGGAGAAUAAAUGCAGCUUUUCUCAUUUGGACAAGAGCCAUGAUAUCGUCGUCAUGGCUACCAUGUUUAGAGAGUUGGAAGCAAUCACUUUCUCUGUGUUUGAAUCCCUCUUGUCCUACAUUUCUGGGCUAAAGGUGCGGUCGAGGCCAAGUGGGUGGUCAUUAGUUUCCAAGCUGAUGCACCUAAAACAUGCAGCGUGUGAGGAAGAAGCAUCGGAUAUGAGUGAAUUUAUGAAGGUGGCUUCCGACCUGCGGACUCUGAUCCAUGGUUGCAGGAAGGGAAAAUCUAUAAACAUGCAUGUUGAGAAUGUGCAAAGAAGGUUGGGGAAGUUGGAAUCAAAUAUUCAAGAUCUUGAAGAAGGGCUGGACUGCUUGUUUAGACACUUGGUCAGAACCAGAGUGGCCCUUCUCAACAUCCUAAACCACUAG